AUGCCUGGUGCUAUAUCCGAUGAUACUCGUACCCCCGCGCCUGCGGAGGGCGUUUGUGGGAUUUAUCAUAUUACGCAUCCGCGCUCGGCGUCGAAUUUGUUCCAGAACAUGAUGGGGAAGCAGCCUGGGUUCCAGUAUUCGAGCUAUAAGUUGUUUGGGGCUGGGUUUGGGGCGUUGGCGCAGUUGCAGAGGGGGCCGUUGGGGGAGUGGCCGGAGGAGGAUCGAGAGAGGUUGUUUGGGCUGUUUGAGGCGGGGUUUGAGGGGAUGCAGGACGAGGUUGCAGGGGCGAUGGAGGGUGGCAAAAAGGUGUUUAUGAAAGAACAUGCAGUCUUUCUCUCCGCCGGCGAUAAACUCAUAGGCCGCGUCUACAAAGACGACAAUGUCGCACCCUUAGUCCUACACGAGCGCGGUGUCGCACCCAGCAAGUCGUCUCAUACGAAUCCGACUUCGCUGCCCGAUAGUUUCCUGCUGAAGUUCCAGCCGAUCUUCCAAAUCAGACAUCCAGUCCUCAUGUUCCCCUCGCUUGUCCGCGCACAAAUGGACGUCAAGGUAGCAGGCCGUCCCCGCGACCCCAUCUGUCAAGUCAUGCUUCAGCUGCGCGACUCACGCUCUCUAUACGACUGGUAUGCUGCUCAAACCGUAAACACAGGAAUUACCCCACGCGUCAUUGAUGCCGACGACGUCAUGAGCGAUGCAGCCUCCAUGCGCAAACUCUGCUUAGAAACAGGACUCGAUCCCGAUUCCAUCGUGUAUCAAUGGGAGGAGCGCGUAGUCGAGGACCCGAUGCAAGCAAGGUUCUUGUCUACCCUGGCAAAGAGUAAGGGGAUUGUAAAGGGCUUGGAUGCUAAAGGGAAGAGUGUAGAGGGGGAGAUGGAGAAGUGGGUUGAGGAGUUUGGGAGGGAGGAUGCGGAGGAAUUGGCGAGGUUGGUUGAGAAGGCUAUGGGGGAUUAUGAGUAUUUGCAUGGCAAGAGGACUGUUGCUGGGGAGACGGAGUAG